CCCCACUCUCCUCUCCACUCCUCACUAUAAAUAGCAGCAGCAACAACGUCCUCACACACGCGUCGUCGUCGUCGCCGCCGCCGCCGCCGCCGCCGCCGUCAUGGGGUUUCUCUCUAGCUUCCUCUCCCGCUCCCUCCUCCGCCGAUCCCUCUCCUCCUCCUCGACCCGCUCCAUCCAUCUCCUCUCCCAAGAAUCCGGCGCCGGGGACGUCCUCCGCCGCCGCCUCCGGUGGCGCCUCCCCCUCGCCGCCGCAGCGGCAGCGGGAGCCGCGGCCAUCGCCCUCGCCCUCGACCUCGACCUCCGCCCCGCACCUUCCCUCUGCGACCACGGCCUCGAUCCUCGUGUUGGAGGGAAAGAUAGCACUGAGCUAGUAGUUAAAGGCUCUCAUAAGGAGGUUCCCAAAGAGUUCAUCGAUGAGCUUAGAUCUUUUUUACAAGAUAACUUGACUUUAGAUUAUGAGGAGAGAUGCUUUCACGGAAAACCACAGAGCAGCUUCCACACAGCAGUGAAUAUUCCGGACGUGAUUGCCUAUCCAAGAACACAGGAUGAGGUGCAGAAGAUCGUGACAGUUUGUAACAAGUACAAGGUCCCUAUUGUACCAUAUGGCGGAGCUACAUCACUCGAGGGCCACACUUUAGCUCCUUAUGGAGGUGCAUGUAUUGACAUGUUUUUGAUGAAACAAAUUAAAGCACUUCAUAUUGAGGACAUGGAUGUAGUUGUUGAACCAGGGAUUGGAUGGAUUGAACUUAAUGAAUAUUUGAAACCUUAUGAUCUUUUCUUCCCACUCGAUCCAGGACCUGGGGCUACAAUUGGAGGAAUGUGUUCCACUCGCUGUUCUGGUUCUUUAGCUGUGAGGUACGGAACAAUGCGGGACAAUGUCAUUAAUCUUCAGGUUGUUCUGGCAAAUGGUGAUAUUAUGAAGACUGCUUCACGGGCUCGAAAGAGUGCUGCCGGAUAUGAUUUGACACGGCUGGUUAUCGGAAGUGAAGGGACUUUGGGUGUGAUUACUGAAGUGACUUUACGCCUACAAAAGAUACCUAAACAUUCAGCGGUUGCUAUGUGCAAUUUUCCAACAAUCAAGGAUGCUGCUGAUGUGGCCAUUGCAACAAUGCAUUCUGGCAUACAGGUCUCAAGAGCGGAGCUCUUGGAUGAGGUCCAAGUAAAGGCAAUUAAUGUGGCAAAUGGGCAAACUUUUCCUGAACGUCCUACAUUGAUGUUCGAAUUCACAGGGACUGAAACAUAUGCACGGGAACAGACACUAAUUGUUCAGAAGAUCGUUUCAGAACAUAAUGGCUCUGAUUUUGUCUUUGUCGAAGAUGCUGAUGCUAAAAAGGAACUAUGGAGGAUAAGGAAAGAGGCACUUUGGGCUUGUUUUGCAAUGGCUCCUGACUGUGCAGCUAUGAUAACGGAUGUGUGUGUUCCCUUAUCAAGGCUUGCAGAAUGCAUAUCAAAGUCGAAGCAACAGCUUGCUGCAUCACCAUUAACAUGCACUAUCAUCGCACAUGCUGGUGAUGGGAACUUCCACACAUUUAUCCUCUUUGAUCCAAACCAAGAAGAACAAAAACGAGAAGCAGAGCGGCUAAACCAUUUCAUGGUCCAUACUGCCUUAUCAAUGGAAGGAACAUGUACGGGCGAGCAUGCUGUUGGUACUGGUAAAAUGAAGUACCUCGAAGAAGAGCUUGGUAUGGGCGCAUUGAGGACCAUGAAAAGAAUAAAGACCACACUGGAUCCGAACAAUAUCAUGAAUCCAGGGAAGUUGAUUCCUCCUCAUGUCUGUAUCUGAUGUUGUACAAACCAUGGUUCCCAGCAAAUAUUCUCCAGAGAAUGUCGAUACAGAGUAAUGGUUUCUUCUGUGGCCUUCACUUUCCUCGGUUCUUGCCCUAGGUAUUGCAGCAUGCUUGACCAUUGUAUUUUUCCAUUAAUUAUCAUUUAAUUCAUGUGAUUCUCACCAAAAUAUUUCGUCCUAUAAAAUUAAAAACAGUUGUUUACUGUA